AUGGAUCAUCCCGCCAAGAAGCGUCGUCUCGCUCCUGCCCCGGCUCGUCCAGCCCAGCAUAUCCCAGUCAUCCAAGCUCCCCAAGUCCAGCAGAUCGCUGGUGCCCCUGCCACGUCCCAGCUGACCAGCGAUCAGAUCACCACUGCAAGCGUGGAUAUGAUCGAGCCCGCCGGUUCCCAGCAAGUCCAGGCAACAGAAGUCCCUCCUAGCAAGGCAAAAAUUGGCAGGCGUCGGGCCAUUCCCAAACCUCCAGAUGCCAAGAUAUUCCGUGGUCAUCCCUUGGCUGAUCCAUAUCCAUGGAGCAUGGUCAACGCUCCCUGUGCCGGCUUUAUUGGUCCUCUGAAGCCAGUGAUCGUCAUGGAUCCUAGGCAGCGACGACUGCAGCGCACACCGCUCGGUCGCCUCACCAUAGUCACCCUCAUCAACGGUCAACGACUAUGCGAUGCUCGCGAGGCGAUCGCUCUCUCAGACGGUCGUAUAUUCAAAGGAUACGAGUCAAUCGAAGGAAUCGACAUCACGUCAACUCGCAACGCUAUCAAUCGUAAAUGGGGAGACACUCUCCACUAUAUUCCUGCCAUUUACAUCAAGUUCGCCAAGACCAACACUAUCUUCCCUUUCGUGGACGACAAAGGAUUCAUGCAGAUACUCCGACGAGGUGAAGAUCGCCUGGAAGGAGUCAGCCUUGGCUGCUGUGUCGUCUCGCUCGUGCAGAGGUGA